AGAAAAAAAUUACAAAGGGAUACACAACACAAAGGGAGAGAAUAUUUUCUAGCGAGGAUUGAAAUGAUAAUUUUUUUUUAAACAAAUAUACAAUAAACUUGAAAAAGCUGACUCAUUUUAGUUUUAAGGAGUACUUAAAGUACUUAAUGUGGUUCUCACAUAGGUAGGAUUUUUCUUUAAAUUACACCUUAAUAACGUUUAAACCUUAUAAAAGGAUGCACAACCCAAUGGGAGAGGAUAUGUUUUGUCUGUGAUGGUUUUUAUUUAUGGAGAUUCAUAUUAUGCUACAUAAUAUGCAAGAAAUGCUUUAUUAAGCAUAUUAAGCUCUAUGGAAACCUAAAUUAUGCUUGCUAUUUUCACACAGAGAGGUUUACAAUUUAAAAACAUAUUUGAAAAGAUAUUUCUUCAAUACAUCACGUUUAAAGGAAUAGUUCACCCAAAAAUUAAAAUUCUCAUCAUUUACUCACCCUCAUGCCAACCCAGAUGUGUGUGACUUUCUUCUGAUCACAAACAAAGAUUUUUAGAAGAAUAUUUCAGCUCUGUAGGUCCAUACAAUGCAAGUGAAUCCAUAGGACUCCAGUGGUUAAAUCUAUAUUUUUAGAAGUGAUGUAAUAGGUGUGGGUGAGAAACAGAUCAAUAUUUAAGUCUUUUUUUUACUAUUAAUCUCCACUUUCACAUUCACAUUCUUCAUCUUUUGUUUUUGGUCAUUCACAUUCUUCGUACAAAUCACCACCUACUGGGCAGGGAGGAAAAUUUAUAGCAAAAAAAUUUACUUAAAUAUUGAUAUGUUUCUCACCCAUAUCAUAUCGCUUCUGAAGACUAAGAUUUAACCAAUGGAGUCAAAUGGAUUAAUUUUAUUCUGCUUUUAUGUACUUUGAAGUUCUGGCCACCAUUCACUUGCAUUGUAUGGACUAACAGAGCUGAGUUAUUCUUCUAAAAUAUUUGUUUGUGUUCAGCAAAAGAAAGAAAGUCAUACACAUCUGGGAUGGCACGAUGGUGAGUAAAUUAUGAGAGAAUUUUCAUUUUUGGGUGAACUAUUUCUUUAAGCCUUACAUCAUACUUCAUCCAGACUUUCAUGUAUGUUUCAAAAGGAAGAAAAUGCUUUCCAAGAAAACAUUUUAAGCUUCUGGUAAUGGUCCAUUUGAAGGAAACUGGUCUGACAACUUUGGUCUAAACAUUUGUCAUGACCAGUAUAAGAGGAAACUAGUCUAACUGGAAGGAUUUCAAGACUAGUUUCUCAUAUUCCAACCCUCCCCGAAAUUUUUUUUUGUACACAGCCCUAUAAGUGAGGCUUACAUAUAACAAUACAAAUACAUUGCUAACAGUCGCUGCUGACAACAGCAACAUUUUCUUCCUGCAUUCAUUCCUUCAAAGCAAGAUAUUAGACAUGGUGUCCUCAGGACGUCAGAUCUUGGGCAUGUGCCUGGCUAUCAUCGGCUUCUUGGGAAGUAUUGUGAUCUGUGGAUUGCCCAACUGGAAGGUGUCAGCUUUCAUUGGAGCAAACAUUGUGACCUCGCAGAUCAUUUGGGAAGGUCUUUGGAUGAACUGUGUGGUUCAAAGCACGGGGCAGAUGCAGUGUAAGGUCUAUGAUUCUCUGCUUGCCCUUCCUCAAGAUCUGCAGGGUGCAAGAGCCUUGGUGAUCAUUGCCAUCAUUGCUGGGGUUUUUGGAAUUAUCCUGUCUAUGGUGGGAGGAAAGUGCACCAACUUUGUGGAAGAUGAGGCAUCUAAGGCUAAAGUCGCCAUUGCCAGCGGUGUCAUCUUCAUCAUUGCUGGACUUCUUGUCCUAAUCCCUGUCUGCUGGACAGCGAAUUCGAUAAUCAGGGACUUCUACAACCCUGUGCUGGUUGACGGCCAGAGGAGGGAGCUCGGGGAGUCACUUUACUAAGACAUGGCUUCCUUGGGCAUGCACAUGCUGGCCAGUGCCUUGGCCCUAUUGGGUUGGGUUGGAGCCCUCCUGUCCUGCAUCAUGCCAAUGUGGCGUGUCACAGCCUUCGUGGGAAACACUAUUGUGACCUCAGAGACCAUAUGGGAGGGCAUAUGGAUGAGCUGCGUCACUCAGAGCACAGGCCAAAUCCAGUGCAAACCGUAUGAGUCCACGCUUGCACUUGGCUCAGACCUUCAGGCAUCUCGGGCCCUCAUGGUAAUGGCGAUUCUAAUCGGUGCGGUGGGCCUCGUUUUGGCCUUCUUUGGAGGAAAAUGCACUCUCUUCCUGGCCAAAGCCAAACGGGCCAAAGCCAAAGUCGCCACAGCUGCUGGUGUUGCGCUGAUCGUCACUGGCAUUCUUUGCAUGAUCCCUGUCUCCUGGUCAGCUGGCAUUGUGGUACAGGCGUUCUACAACCCACAGAUGACUGAUUCGCAGCGCAGGGAGAUUGGGGGUGCUAUUUAUGUUGGCUGGGGUGCAUCUAUCAUUCUCAUCUUAAGUGGAGGAAUGUUUUGUACCACAAUCUGCAAAGACAAGACAGAGGAUGACAGUGGUCCUUCAGUAAAGUACUUAGUUGUGCGCUCUUCGCGGGCAGGGUCUAGCAUGGCGGGCUCGCAGAGGUUGAGGCCUGUUUCUGUGAGGUCGAUGCAGAACAGCGCUCCAUCUGUGAGGUCCCAAUGGAGUCAAAAAGUCCCUCUGAAUCAUCAGGGAAGAUUCCCCUCCACAGGCUCCCAGCACAGCAAGCCAUCAACUACAAAGUCACAGCUUGCCAGAGUUGAGUCAAUGGCAGAGUCUGAGGGGGCAUCUACAAAGUCCCAGCUGAUUGAGGAGGGUUUGAAUCAGACUCUAGCAGCCUCUGAACCUAGGGAAAAUGCUCCACGGGCAUACAUAUGAUGAAGGAAACCUUGCCCUACCACUGCAAGAUCCAUUUUGAACAGGGUCUUGCAUGCACUUGGACAAAUCUGCCAUAGCACUGUGAAUUACACAUUAUUUAAAAUGAAGAAUAUUGUAAUGGCUGUAGGGUGUUAUUAUUAUGUAAAAUUCAUACAAUCUCUUUUAGUUCUUUUAUUAUAAGCAGAUUUAACACCAUUGGAGGAUGGCACUGUAAAUUGUAGAAGAGGAAGCUAUAGAUGAAGAUUUGUACUGUGAAUUGAUCUUAGACCAAAAGCAGUCAAGAUUUUUAAAGGGUUAGUUCACCCCAAAAUGUAAACUGUGUCUUAUUUACUCACCCUCAUGUUGUUCUCACCCCAAAAAUGUAUUUUGAAUGACAGCCUUAGUCACCAAUCACUUUUAUUGUUUGGCAAAAAGAUAAUAUUCUGCAUAACAUCUCCUUUUGGGUUCCAAGGAAAAUAGAAAGUAAUAAGGGUUCGUUGAUCGUGUUUGUUUUGCAGUUAGUUGUAUUUCAGAUAUGCAGUUAUUUCCACCCAUUUAUGUAUUUAAUGUUUGUAUCUUUACCCUAAAUAAUUUAGAUUCCUGAUUAUAUGUGGUAAAAAACUUUUGUCACCUCACUUUAUUUUUAUGAUGUAAAUAAUACAAUGGCAGUCCUAGUUUUUUCUCCUUUGUAAAGGACGCCUCUUUGACAAACAUACAGAAAUAUGUCAGGCUUAUUCAAUUUUGAUGAACCGAUUUCUGUUUGAAACAGCCAUCUAAAAGCACUGCUAUAAUCUUGGCCACACAGGUUGACUUUCAGAGCUUUGAUGAACAAUGGUUUGGUUCAGAUUUUACAAGGGAGGGAAAAGAACACUUUCUUCAUUGUUAGCCUGCCUUGCAUGUGAGCCGCGAAUGGAAUGAUAGAUUCAGGCCAAACCGGUUCAACAGAGAGUAUCAUCUCAUGAAAGCGCUUUGCAUUUUGUCAGGAUAUACAGCACUUUAAAGGACUAAAUAGAGUUUCAGUGUGUGCAAGGGGAGUUCAUCAUGUAGAGAUACACACUCAUGAGUACUUUGUGUCUGAAUUCACAGAAUUUAUUCAUUUGGCUUAAAAUUUAACAACCUUAUGAAGUAAAAGUACAUUUCCUUCAUGCCAUCUAUACAUGUAUGCUCUUAAAAUGUCUCUUUAGUCAAAACUCAAAAUGUGAUUAUUCCUGUUUUGAACUUGUCUAAGGAAAACACAAGCUAAUAAAAGCUCUAAACUGUG